AGGUUAUAUUUACAUAUUUAAAUAAAUAUGGUAUAAAAGUAGAACAAUUCGUAGAAACAAACUUGCCGAUGUUCACAGUUGGCAAGGAGUGGUCGUAUAGUUUUAAGAAGUAUUUUUAAAAGUAUUACAGUUAAACAAAAUGUCUGAGGUGUAUAUAGUUGCGGCCUGUAGGACUCCUAUAGGGAGCUUUCAAGGACAGUUUGAAAAACAUUCUGCUGUUGAAUUAGGAACUGUUGCGAUCGCUGAAGCUGUUAAACGAGCAAGUCUUCAACCAGAAGAUGUAAACCAAGUUAUAAUGGGGCAGGUUUUAACCGCCGGUCAAGGCCAGAACCCCGCAAGACAAGCUGCAUUGGGAGCUAAAAUUCCUACAAGCAGCACGGCGUAUACGUUGAAUUUGCUUUGCGGAUCAGGACUUAAGACCGUUGCAUUAGGAUAUCAAGGAAUUAAAAACGGAGACUAUGAAGUAAUUGUAGCAGGAGGACAAGAAAGUAUGACCAGAGCUGAGCACUCAGCUUAUCUUCGAAACGCCAAGAUGGGAAACUUAAAUUUGUCAGAUACGUUACUAAAAGAUGGACUGCACGAUGCUGUUAACAAAGAUACUCAUAUGGGCCACACCGCUGAAAAUUUAGCAAAAAUUUACGGUAUUUCGCGAGAAGCUCAGGACGAGUUUGCCUGCAAAUCGCAGAAUAAAACUGAGAAGGCUGUAACCGACGGUUUUUUCGAAAAGGAAAUUGUUGGCGUGCCCGACAAAAAGACUGGCAACCUAAUAGCAAAAGAUGAAUUUCCCAAAUUUGGAACGACCGUUGAAAAACUAUCGAAAUUCAGGCCUUGUUUUAUAUCCAAUGGUACUGUUACAGCUGGAAAUGCUUCAGGGAUCAAUGACGGUGCCGCAGCAGUAUUACUUGUUAGCGAAAAACAGUUAAAACAAAGACAGUUGACGCCUUUUAGCGCGAAUCGUGGGAUUUGCAGAGGAUGGAGUUGAUCCUAUGAUCAUGGGUAUGGGUCCAGUUGGAGCUGUUAAUAAGCUUUUAAAGAAAAUUGGUUGGUCCAAAGAAGAAGUUGACCUUUACGAGCUGAACGAAGCCUUUGCUGUUCAAAGUAUCGCUGUGAACAAAGAUCUCGGCAUAGACGCCUCUAAAAUAAACAUCACAGGUGGCGCUAUCGCGUUGGGUCACCCGUUAGGUUGUUCCGGAACCAGAGUUCUCGUUACUCUGAUCCAUAAUCUGCACAGAUUGGACUUGAAGAAAGGUGUUGCUGCGUUAUGUAUUGGAGGAGGAAUGGGAAUUGCACUAGCUGUUGAAGUUUAACCAAAAAAUUACUGUUGAGAGUUGCCUGUUCAGUAUGAAGUUUAUUUAUACAUUUUAUCGAGAUAUAUUUUGUAUUUUGUGACAAUGGACAAAUACAUUUUUUAAUGU